GCCACUGCGAUCUAAACUCGGCGACUUGGCGGACUUUCUCCAGCGGAAACUCCUAAACGGUGAUUUGCUCCGACUUCGUUCCUUACGCCUUAAAGACUCGGAGCCGGUUCCGCCUUUUGGAGCUUAACGACGUACGCAACACACAUAACGUUUAUUAGCUACUUACUUUGUACCCUGAACCACCUAGCUUGUAGCAGAGAAUUGAUCAGAAAAAUGGGAAAUUUCGCAUACACCGCAAGCACGAUUGAUACCAGCAGUGUCACGGGCCGCACCACCCUGGUCGGGUGUUGCGAUAAUUGAUUUAAAGAUGCAAGAGCUAUCAUCAGAACAUUUUUCGGGAAAGUACUUGGUGCUUCUCUUCUAUCCGUACGAUUUCUCGUUCGCAUGCCCCAUCGAGCUUAUUCAAUUUAGCGAUCGCAUCGCCGAAUUCCGGCUUAUUGGUUCGGAGGUAGUAGCUAUUUCAACAGAUUCCAAAUUUUCGCACUUUGCAUGGAUGACGACACCGCGCAAACAAGGGGGCUUGGGUGAAAUGAAAAUCCCACUCCUGUCGGACCAAAAUCACCAAAUAGCGAAAAACUAUGGUGUAUUAAACGAAAAACAUGGAGUAGCAUAUAGAGCUCUGUUUGUUAUAGACAAACAACAAAUUGUACGUCACGUAACGAUAAACGCUGACGAUUUACCGCGAUCGGUGGAUGAAGUUCUGCGGAUCAUAAAAGCUUGCCGUUUUGUGGAUGAACAUGGUAGCGUGUGUCCCUUUGGACCGUUGCAAACGAAAACCGCCUCCCGAAAAGAGCCAGAUUAUUAUUUCCACACGAAUUAA